GUAGAUUCGGUAUUGGAUCUGUUCCUCUUUUUAUUCCCGUACCUAUGGAGAGACUCAAAACAUCCUUGCACGGAGUGUCUAGCCCUGAGAAAUGGAACACUCGACGGCAGCUGAUCUGGUUAACUUCUUGAACGCUUCUCCGACAGCUUUUCAUGCCGUGGACGAAGCAAAGAAGAGGUUGAAGAGUGCAGGGUAUCAACAAUUAUCAGAGAGAGAAGACUGGGAUUUGAAAGCCGGCAACAAGUAUUUCUUCACUAGGAACCACUCUACCAUCGUUGCCUUUGCCAUUGGACAAAAAUAUGUAGCUGGAAAUGGAUUCUACAUUAUUGGAGCCCAUACAGAUAGCCCUUGCCUGAAACUAAAGCCAGUUACAAAGGUAUCUAAAGGUGGUUAUCUAGAAGUUGGUGUACAAACAUAUGGAGGCGGUCUCUGGCACACGUGGUUCGAUCGCGAUUUAUCUGUUGCUGGGAGGAUAAUAAUAAGAGAAAAGAAAGAUGGAUCUGAGGCAUAUUUACACCGCCUUGUUAGAAUUCAGGAGCCUAUAAUGAGGAUCCCAACUUUAGCAAUACACUUAGAUAGGGGAGUAAAUGACGGAUUUAAAGUUAACACACAGAGCCAUCUUCUUCCAAUUCUGGCUACAUCUAUUAAGGCAGAGCUCAAUAAAUCUGAUGGUGAUUCAGUUGAAAAUGGGGCCUCAGGUGAAAAGAAAAACAGUGGUACAAAUAAACAUCAUCCUCUGCUUCUACAGCUUCUUGCCACUCAAGCUGGAUGUGAACCCGGUGAUAUAUGUGAUUUUGAGUUGCAAGCAUGUGACACUCAACCAAGUCUUAUCGGUGGUGCUAUGAAAGAAUUUGUGUUUUCUGGAAGACUUGAUAAUCUUUGCAUGUCAUUUUGCUCUCUAAAGGCAUUGAUAGAUGCAACCACUUCUGGGAACAGUCUACAGGAUGAGACGGGGGUAAGAGUGGUUGCCUUGUUUGAUCAUGAAGAGGUCGGGUCCAAUUCAGCACAAGGGGCCGGAUCCCCUGUCAUGUUAGACACCCUCUCUCGAAUUACAAGUUCCUUUGACCCUGACUCGAAGUUAAUCACAAAAGCAAUCCAGAAGAGUCUUCUAGUAUCUGCUGACAUGGCACAUGCUUUGCAUCCCAAUUAUAUGGAUAAGCAUGAAGAUAACCAUCAACCAAAAAUACAUGGCGGGCUUGUGAUCAAGCAUAAUGCAAAUCAACGGUAUGCAACCAAUGCUGUCACUUCCUUCAUAUUCAGGGAGAUAGCUGCCCAGCACAAUCUUCCCAUUCAGGAUUUUGUGGUUCGCAACGAUGUACCAUGCGGUUCAACCAUUGGGCCCAUAUUGGCAAGCGGGGUAGGGAUUCGAACUGUGGAUGUUGGGGCUCCACAGUUGUCCAUGCACAGUAUUAGAGAGGUAUGUGGUGUGGAUGAUGUGGAUCACUCGUACCAGCACUUCAAAGUCUUUCUCCAAGAAGCCUCUCUUCUUGAUGCUAAACUCAAUGUGGAUAUGGAAUGACAUUAAUUUGUGUAUGUGUUGGAAUUUCUUAAUGUUUGAGCAACUUGCCUUGCCGGGCUGCCGGCCCCUACUCUAAAGCUACAUUGUAUGGUAGCAACAGCAAAGCUAACAUAGCGAUCUGAUGAGUUUUCUUGGUACUUGAACCUCUCUUGAUUACUUUCUCAAAUGACAUUUGAAUUGUGUUUUGAAUCAUUUAAUGACAAUGAAGAAGGAAAUGUAACAUUGCAGAUGGUUGUUUGAUUUGAACAAUCCUUCACUAAUACUGAAUAGCGAAAAUUGUAUUUGGAUAAAUCAU